AUGGAUGAAUAUGAUUUUCUUAUCAAUAGAUGUGUUAUCGAUUUUCCAGCGAUUAUAUUUACGAUUCCUCCUGAAAUUGUUUUUACUUAUUAUGCAUUUUUACUUGGUUUUCUUUUUCCUGUAUCCAUGAUUACAACAUUUUAUGUUCUUGUUCUUAUACGUCUUCAUCAUAUACGUCGUAAACAUCGAUCUGAGUUAAAGGAACGCUCACAUCGAAAAGUCACACGUGUUGUUCUGGCUGUUAUAACUGCAUAUUUUAUUUGUUGGGUACCAUAUUGGUUUUUACAAAUAUUUAUAACAAUCGAUCCAUUGAUUCAAUCAUUACGAUUAAAUAUUUCAAUAUUGCCAACCAAUAGAAAUAUGCGUUUUCUUAAAGAAUUAACACAUUUAACAACAAUAAUUGGUUAUGCUAAUAAUUGUCUUAAUCCAGUAUUAUAUGUUUUUCUAUCUGAAUCAUUCCGUGAAGAAUAUUUACUUGUUCUCAAUUGUUUUCAUUUUCGUGGAUCAAAUCAUCAAAAUAAUAAACCUGAUGAAAAUAUUCAAUCAUUUGAACGUAAACCAAAACACAAAGGACGAAAAUUCUUUCUAUUCAAAACACAACAUGAAAUGGCAAUGAAAAAAGUAAAACAUAGUGUUGCUAUGGAUGAUAUACCUUCAGAAUGUCGAACAUUAUCAUUUUGUUUUAAUCAUUCAAAUGAUCAAAAUCAUUAUUCUAUUUCAUCAACAUCAUCACGAAGUAUCAAAAAUAAUACAAAAAAUAUUGUACAUUCACCUAUUAUUCUUGAAUCAUCGAAAUCUCGACAAAGUUUUUUUAAUAACAAAUUAAAUUAUUCGCCAACAGAUAAAGUAACAUUUCAAAUAACAACAUAUCCAACUCGCCAAUCAACAACCCUUAUUGACGACGGUGGUGUUUAUUGCGGUGAUUAA